CACCACUAACGCACUUUUGCCAACAAAAAAAACACAUGCCGCUAGCAAAAAUGGCUUUUGGCCGGGAACAUAACAGGAGGACCAGCGCCACCUCACCGCGUCUUAAUUUAGAGAGUGGAAAAUCAUCUGUUUGAGCUACGCUGCCUGUUCUAGAGCAAAACGACCUGCUGUCACACCACACCCAUCGAGCAUCUAACCAACCACAAGAAGCACUGGCCUCCCGUUGGCUGCCACAACAGACUAACUACUAGCCGCCGCCUCAUUGCUGAGAGGCUGCUGCGCCAGUCAGUCUGUGCGACUAUUCCCGCAUCACUCUUGGUCUCUCGCCACCUGACCAUACCGCGUGUACUGGAUCUGUGCGUUGCCGGCUGCUCCUUCAUUGGGUGAGCGUGCAGGCUCGGUGGCGUCUGCCUUGGCUCCCUUCCAAAGAGACACAGCGCCAGUUCUAGUUGGGAAAGAAGAGGAAGGGUCUCCGAACCCAGGUCAUCGCCAUGUAUGCUUAAAUGCAAGCCUCGCCAGUCGUUACAACAGUAACCCUGUGCCAACUCCUACCUACCAUCCACCACCACGCUCCUAAAGCUGUGCAUCUUUAGCUCCUAGAUCGCUACACACACCUUUUCUUUGCCGUUAUGGAUUCUACUACAAGUACUCGACAUGAGGGCAUGCCUUUACCUCAGGCCAUCAACACAGCCACUCGCUCGAUUCACACCAAGCUUAACAAGAAGAUUCUUGCUCUCUUGCCUCAGGCCCUACCGCCUGCAUGUCCAAGUCCUACGAAAUAUGCUUCUGGCUUACUACAUAUUGCCGCUAUCUAUGUCACGUUUGAAACAGCCUGGAGGGAUAUUUUAACAGCGGCACCAGGGUCGCCUAAUGACACGGUUGAACAGCUUGGACAAGACCGCGAAGCAGAGCUAUCGACUCCGAGAAACAUUACGAAUGUUGGAGAAAGAAUACAUACAGUACUAUCACGACUCCAUAUUUCAAAGCUUCUGCGAUCCGAAAGCCUAAAGUCUGAUCUUCGGUCAGUCACUGGUUGGGACGAGCAAACUGUUGAUGAACAGCUUCAGGCCGUGGGCAAGUCACUAGCACUAGCUGACUUCUUGACACAUGUCAGAAGGUCAAUAUCUCUAAAGCCGCAUGUUCUCAUUGCAUAUACAUACAUUUUAUACAUGGCACUCUUUGCUGGGGGUCGAUUUAUUCGCGCUACACUAGAGGGCGCAGGCGAGGAUUUUUGGGCCACAGACGACGAUGUCUCCCGCCGCGUUACCAUUGGCUCUCUAGUGGACUUAGCUGUAGCUGAGGAAGACACCACUGCAGUCGAUGCCCCAAACCAUAUCCCUAUCUCGUUCCUACGUUUUGACACCCCCACCGAUGGCGAGGACCUCAAGGGCGAGUUCAAGCAACAGCUACUCGACUCCGAAUACGAAUUGACUGGCCCCGAAAGAGAUGACAUUGUUCGGGAAUCAAUAUGUAUUUUUGAGCAUAUGAUCUUCUUGGUGGAGCAGCUAGACAGUAUUCACAGCCAACCUGCUGAAGCCGUCCGACGUCCAUCGCUGUUCGCUCUGGGUCAAAUAUUGAAUCCGUUGGUCUCAAGAAUGCGUGACAGUCUAUCCGUCGCGAAGGAGAGGAAUAGAAGAGACGGGUCAGCCGAUUCUUCGUCUACGACUUCCAACUCAAAUCCUGGCAAUCCCCAGCAGAUUAGCUCUUCCAUGGGUAACUCCCUAUCACACAGUCGCCAGUCAAGCGGCAAGGGGGAAGUAGAGCAGCCUGUAACGACCAUUCGGCUGAUACCGAGCGCCAAAGGCGUACGGUUUCAAACAUCCAAGAGUCCUGCUGAUGAGCCUCUUGAAGCAAAUAUGGCAACGGCUGUACACAAAUCGUCAGGCUGGCCCGUUGCAGACGGUAGUCUUCGAACGUACGCUGUAGCCGGAACCGCGACUGCUGUGAUUGUUGCCAUUUACGUUGGAAGCGUCAUGGCAUCAUAGCCUCUACGACACUAUAACAGUCGUCUUGCUCUUGAAGAGAGAUUAUUCCGCGACGGCACCCUUUAUACCUUCAGGAAGCCCGCUCCUAUAAAUACGAAUCACGACCAGAAGUAUGUAGUAACAUGCAUUAGCUACAA